AGGAAGGAAAACAACCUCCGAGAGUAUCUCCAGAGUUAGGAGUACGCAAACUCAUACAAAAAACCAUAAAACCUCUGGAAAAGCAGUUUUUUUUUUUUCACUUUUCCUCCGGAAAAUAACGGCCCCGUUUGUUCUUUUUCGUCAAACUUAACGACUUGUAGCUCACCUGCAACGACGUUACGGUUCUGCAUCUACCAUGACAACGUUGCCGUAUGCUGACGCAGAUUCCAGCCUGAGAGCAUUGGCCGGUCGAGCGGAAGGUUUCGGCAGGUUCUCAGUUGGUGGCCUCCACGGUCCGGUCUAUUACGUCACCAGUUUGGCAGAUGAUGGUCCAGGAUCACUUCGUGAUGGAUGUCGUAGAAAAGAACCACUUUGGAUUGUUUUUGCAGUUUCAGGCACCAUUCAUCUCUCGUCAUACUUGAACGUGUCAUCUUACAAAACCGUUGAUGGCCGUGGCCAAAGGAUAAAACUGACCGGCAAGGGCUUGAGGCUGAAGGAAUGUGAGCACAUUAUUAUAUGCAACCUGGAGUUUGAGGGCGGUAGAGGGCAUGAUGUUGAUGGCAUUCAGAUAAAGCCGAAUUCCAGGCACAUAUGGAUAGAUCGAUGUAGUCUUCGUGAUUAUGAUGACGGACUCAUAGAUAUAACCAGACAAAGUACAGACAUCACUAUUUCCAGAUGCAACUUCACACAACAUGACAAGACAAUGCUUAUUGGAGCAGAUCCAUCUCAUGUUGGUGAUAGAUGUAUUAGGGUGACUAUUCACCACUGCUUUUUCGAUGGGACUCGUCAAAGGCACCCUCGUGUUAGAUUUGGAAAAGUUCAUCUGUACAACAAUUACACCAGGAACUGGGGCAUAUAUGCUGUUUGCGCCAGUGUAGAAUCACAAGUAUAUUCUCAAUGCAACAUUUAUGAAGCUGGGCAGAAGAAAAAAGCUUUCGAGUACUACACAGAGAAGGCAGCGGAUAAGCAGGAGGCGAAGUCUGGUCUGAUAAGAUCUGAAGGGGAUUUGUUUCUGAGUGGAGCUCAAGCAUUCUUAGUUGCAGGAUGUAGUGAAGAAAGCAUGUUUCAUCCCAGUGAAUUUUACCCCACAUGGACGCUGGAACCUGCCUCAGACUCUCUUAAAGCUGUUCUUCAGAUUUGCACAGGCUGGCAAUCUAUUACCCUUCCAGCCGAAGAAAGCAGCAGCCGUGCAGCAACUGCAUGAUGACUUGCUUUCAUUUUAUAUAAGUAUGUAAAUUUCCAGAAAUUGUUGGAACUUGAGAACUUCAUUUGAAAUACUCUGCACAUGUUGUUAUUGUACAUUAGGUGAUAUUGACGAGUACGAAUUCAGUCUGGCUGUGCUCCUUUUUUAAGCAGUAGGGCACCGGAAUAAAUUUUCUUUUAUUCA